AUUAUUUUGAUAUUUACAAAAAUAUUAUCGAAUUCAAGAAUUUUUAAACAUAUUUAGAAAUUUCUUUGUGGAAUAUAAAUAUACAUAAUUAACUAUACUCAUAAAGUAUUAUUAAUGCUUAACGUCUUCGCUUAUCAGAUACCAUCUGGCGUUGUUUAUGAAAAAGAAAAUUAAGUUUAUCGCAGCGUAUCAUACAAGUACGAAUUAUAAGGGAAUACAGCCAUGUGCAGUAUUAUUCGAUAUUUCGUAUUCAUUUGUUUAUUAUUCACGUGUGUAAGAGCUGUCGGCUCGUACAAACAUCGGGGUCUUUCCGAAGAGCUGAUUAGAGAGUUGUAUAGGAAAUAUAAGGAGGCACUGGAUAAUGAUUCAGAUCGUGUAAUUCUUCGACGCCAAUAUGACAAUAACCGUCUGUUCGAAAUACAUAUAGAGAAACUCAAAGAGGUUAACGGGCUGAAGAAACAUAACCUUCUUGUCAAAAGUAAACUACGAUCUGGUCGGAAUCAAUACAUUUACAUAAAUAACCCAGUGGAAUCGAGAGUUCCUCACGCCUUUCUGACUUUGGAGGAAUUUAAAGAAGCACUUACGAAGAGGAUAGAAUCGCAAAAAAUCAUUGCAACGCCUAAACAUUAUGUUCUAUUUUUAAGCAACAGUACAACGAAACGUAUAGAAAAAUACACGACAACGGCUAAGAUAGUUGGUAAGAGAAAGAAUACGAAGUCGACAAGGAAAAGUUAUUCGACACCAACGCAAGCAACUAUAGAGCAUAUAAUGGAUCGGUUGAGAAUGAGGCUCGUUACUAGGUCAGAUAAUGAAGAUAUUACUAAAGCCCAAACAAAGAUAAAAGAUCUACCUGAUUUAAUCCGUGCAUCUACGGAGAACAUUCUAGAAAAAGAAAUUUUCUUCAAAGAUAACUUGACAAAAAUAGACUCUAAUGAAAAUUCAGAUAUAAGCAAAGAAUUGAACAUUCCUGUUAAUAAAUCAAUAGUAUUGAAAGAAGUAGUGGAUCGAUUAUUUAAAAAUAUAUCUGAAUUAAAAACUCUGAGUUCCGCGGGGGAAUUUAAUGACCCGCCUUUAAUUACCGCUAGAUUUAGUCCUGUGCUCGACUCUGUGGGUUCUACAAAUCUAAACACAAUUGAAUCAGCUUCCAAAGAAGGACAGAAAGAAAUUUUUGAACGAGAUGUAAAUAAUAUAAGUAAAGCUAAGCCCAAACGGUCCACAACGGUUGCAUUUGAAGACAUAUUUACGUUCACAACACAAAAAAGAGAUGAUAAGACUCCUACAGCGGCAAAUAUCAAUUCAAAGAAACGUACUCACCUUAAAGAGAGUAAUAAAACAUCUAGAAAGAGAUCUACAUUAGGCAGGCCUCUUGUGUUCAUGGGUGGCCAAUAAAAUGGAUUAAAUAAUAUUCUUAUUGGAAUAAUAAAACAAAGUUCUCACCUUUAAAACAACAAAGAAAACAAUCCCAGCUAUCGCAAAAGCAAUAACUUUACUCUUCAACUGCAACAAACAUCACUAGAGCACUGGCUGUAUGCAUGUACCUUUGCUUGUCCGAAAAAGAGAAAUUUCUGUUCCCGCCAAAUUAUCUGUCAAACUAUCAUACGCGAGAACAUUGUACACUGCAGUUCUGAAUAAAGGCGCCACUUUACUGAUUACAAAACACAAUCUCACGUGGAACUGUGACCGUCCGCACCAUUAUAGAAAUGAAGGGCUGGAAGAGACGGCUCUAUUUUCAACACUCAAAAUGGAAAGAGACAACAAUAAAACGGCCUCGCAAUGUAAGCGGCUUACUGCGACCGGGACUGCUCAUUUGAGCGAAAGGGACGUAUAUAUUUUUAUCUCUAGUUGUGUUUUAAUUCGUGCCCCGCCCUCUUAUACACAAGUGGUGGGGUAAACUUGGACAGUUUUAAAUUAUCUAUUAUAAUAAAAUUAUUUGGCGAAUAAGGGGUUGGUUUUGGUAA